CUCUAACUAUAUACGAAGUAGUGGGUGGAGAGAUAAAUAAUCUAUUUACCCUCUGACCCCUGCUUUAGCUCACAUCGACACUCGCACUAUGGACCGCCGAAAACGACGACACUCUACCUAUGAGCCGGAACCUCAUCCACCAAAGCGACAUUCCCCUAUGGCACCCGACGAUAAUCAGCAACAACCAUCCGCCCCAUCUUCAUCACUUGACCCCUCCCAGUACCAUCCUGCCAACUCGCAGACCCGACAAACCGGCGACAACAGUCUUCAUGAUUGGCAUAAUGGAGCGUAUGUUGUGGCUCACGGAACCACAACUACUUCUAGUGAUUCUUACCCCCUAAGCAGUGUGAUGACGCUGCCUGGGCCAUCUUACAGUCAUCCGCCAUCACAUCAAGUCCUUCAUACUGACCCCCAGGCUCUCCAAGGCCGCGACGUUCCUCGUGAUUGGUGUAGCGGGUCAGUUGGACCUUAUCCUGGGGUUCCUGGACCGGCGCCCGCUUUUGGACCUUCCGGUGACCCUCGGAAGUUCUGGAUGCCUUGGCCGAAACGUGUGACUGAGCUACCUGUCAGUGAUUCGCAAUCGCACACCUUGGUCUCAUCGCUACAAAACCAUGCCACCAGCUCACAGACUCUCAGCGAAAUUCACCGUGAUUGGCAUGACGGAUUGUCGGGAUCUUAUCUCCAACAUCCACAGAUUGCACCACCACGGUCACCCUCUGACGAUUUUCCGUCCUUUCGGCUGCCACGUAUAGAAGUCACGUCCUGGCAUUCAAACCCCAACAGUGGUAGCCGAUCGGGCACGCCUGUCCCUGUCCCCAGUCCGUCCACACCGUCAUCUCCUGCUCAUUCGGACCGAUUCCUAUCUCCCCCCUCGGCACUAUCGCCCUCCGAAACUGCUUGCGCAAGUCCCAACCCUUGGGCCCCAUACGACAAUAGUGCAGGUGUCCGCACAGAACUGGAAAAUGCAGGGAUGAACCUACCUGUACCUGCGUCAGAGCCGACUCCAUCAUCGUCAGCUGGCCCGUCGGAUGGCAAAAAGGAAAGCAUCAUUAGCACCACCAGACUCAUUCUCCAAACCGCAUCCUCCGCUCUCAAAUUCUCGCCUGUCCCGUUCCUCCCCAACAUUCCGGACUCACUUCUCAUGCUACUUCAGGUUUACGAGGUUCGGAUAUGGUUUUCACAGUUCAUCCCUCACAUUUACUUCACUCACGUAGAAUGUCAGCGGCAAUAACAAAGCCCUCAAAGGGCUGAAUGAUGAUGUGCAAAGUGCAUACAGCACCAUGUUGCAGCCACUCCAACUGUGGACGGGACCGAUACCUUCCGAAGUUAUUUUUCUAGUGAAGGAAUUAUAUUUGUAUGGCGCUGGAAGAACAGUUCAAGAGGAUCAAGUCACUCCAGAGUCAGAAUCGAAA